UAGUUUUUCAGGACGUGUUGGACGAUAACGUGCUGUUGUUUUCUGCCGCCUGCAGGAGGUGAGCUACUGCCAGGGGAUGAGUCAGAUCGCCGCCCUGCUGCUCAUGUUCAUGAACGAGGAGGACGCCUUCUGGGCCCUGUCACAGCUGCUGACCAAUCACAAACACGGCAUGCACGGCUUUUUUGUACCCGGGUUUCCCAAACUCCAGCGAUUCCAGACGCAUCACGAUCAGAUUAUUUCCAAACUCAUCCCCAAACUGAAGAAACAUCUGGACAGGGAGCAGAUGUCUGCAGGGAUUUACUGCACUAAAUGGUUCCUACAGUGUUUCAUUGACCGGACGCCGUUCACCCUGACCCUUCGCCUGUGGGACAUUUUCAUCCUGGAGGGAGAGAAGCUGCUCACAGCCAUGUCCUACAACGUCCUGAAGAUCCACCGGAAACGUCUGGUGAAGAUGUCGCUGGAGGAGCUCAGGGAGUUUCUGCAGGAGAGAAUCGCUCAGACGUUCUUCUACAGCGACGACGUGAUCGUGGAGCAGCUUCAGGCCUCCAUGUCUGAACUGAGAAAAAUGAAGCUGGACCUUCCUCCUCCAGGGAAGCCCGACGAGUUGCCUCGGAAGCCUCUGGGCCAGGAGCUGCCGCUGCUGCUCAGUCCGGUCAGAGUGAAGACGUCCUCCGCCAGCAGCUUCCCCAGAGCUGGACUGAGCCUCCACAUCAUCUCCCACCAGCCCGACACCAUCUCCCCCGACCAGAGCCCCUCCAAGGACCCCAGGGACCUCGAUGCUGCAGAGGAGGCUCCACUACCCUCCCCGGACCCCAUCAUCAUCCACAGCCAGGUGCCGCUCACCCCCGAUGGCUCCCCUCUGAUGGGGCCGCCGCCUUAUCAGCCCCCGGGCAGCCGAACACUGGUCACGACGGAUCAGCUGUCACUGCCGGAUCGUGAUGGGGAUGAAAUGCAACCGGAUGCAGCAGCUGCCACAGCUCGGCAGAUCGCAGAUACGCUCUCGUCUGACUCUUCUGCAGCCGUCAGCGCUGACCACUCCUCCCACGGCGUCCCACGGACUCUUUCAGCUCCUGCAGUCCAGGUGGCGUCUCCAGGUUCGGUCCUGGCUCACUCUGGGAGUCUGUCGGCAGUGGAGGCGGCGGAGGACGGUUUUCUGGUCGAGCUGCCGAAGAGAAACUCGAGUUCAUUAACAGAGGAAAACCAGACGCCUGAUGUUUCAUGAAACCACAACACGCAAUGAUUUAUUCACGAGGUUCUAACUCUGUUUAUUUGAUCACGUGUCAGUUUUAGUGGAGAACAGAAUUAUCAGUCGGAUCAUCUGUGUCGAGCAAUAACUGCUCUUUACUAGUAUAGAAGUGUAGGAACUAUUCAUCCAGCCACCAGGGGGCGAUUGAGAACCUUUAACUUCAGCCGUCAUGUCGUCCAUCAUUAUUUAAAGUCUCUAGUGAUUUCCAGGUAAAUUUGGGCUAAAAAGUUGCAUUGUGGGAAGUGUAGUAAGUCUUGUGGAGUCAGGGAUUCUCUACGUUUACUGCUUUGGUUUUUUUUUUUUCAUUCUUUUAUUAAAUCUAAACCUGCAGCUGGUGUCAGAACAGAACAACAGGUUCCUGUACAAACCAGGUUUCAUUCACAGCUCAACCCUCCACUACAUAUUCCUCUGUUCAACACUUCCUCCCACUGCUCAUGCACAAAGUGUGUGAUUCGUGAAGAUCUGUGCUCGUUCCCAGACUCUGAGAUCUGCGAGGAGACGACGGACGCUGCUUCGAUCAAACGUUCUGUUACCUGGGAGCUGAGACACGUGAAGAGGCAUCACCCUUUACAAUAAAAAAAAAAACACGCUCCUAGUUUUGUAAUGUCUCGUCAGAGAACAGAAUGCUUGCUCGGCCUUUUGAAAACGUUUGUUAGCAGAGUUACAGUUUUAUUUUUUGUACUAACGUCUCGAUGCCUUACUUGUAUCGGCUUCAGUUCAUGUGUGUGACGUACGUGCACAGCAACAGAGGGACUGAGAGGAUCUGACCGGACGUGAGGGACAGAAAAAGACUUUGAGCUGAACACUGAAGCCUCUGACAUGGUGAGCUGGCUCACUGUUAUGAUUGUACACAUCCAAACCUAUUGAGCUCAUUUUAGACACGUGGAUCUCCAGCUCAGUAAUUUAUUGUUUUGUCCUCUUGUGGAAAGGUUCUUUUCCAGACCCGGAGUAUCUUCUGCUUUUCCACCGAGGUGCUUUAGAAGAUAAACGUAGUUUUCAAUCCUAAAGAAACUCAGCAGGAAGUAGACGCUUCUGUUGACGUUGUGUUUAGAGAGUUCAGUAUUGUAGAAGAGUUUCUCAUUCAGAGAAGAAAACUCAGCUUUGUGCUUAGAAAUAGUCAGAGAUCGACAUCUUGUGGUCAGUUUAGGUAAAGCAUGUCUUUCCUUAGAGGAGACUUGAAAUGUUUUGAACUUUUAGAUCAGAAAAUCAGUUCGAAGAAUCUUGUGAUUUGAAGCCAUAACUUUGAAUUCUGUGAAUAUGUUUUGGCUUUUUAUGACGUUUGACUGAACUUCAGUGAUGAAACUCCAGAUGGUUUGUGCUCAAGUUAAACAUUCAACAGUUUUAUUGUACGUUGAAACAAGUAGAAACUUUCCCCGGGACUUUGAAGAGCUCGAUGAAAACCUGGAGAUGAAACAAUACAACUUUUAUCUUCCUUGACUGUUUGUGUGAUUCUUACUCUUUUUUUUAUUUUUUAACAGAGCACUGGUUUUAGAUUUUAUUCAUUUUAAAGUGAUUUCAAUCUUGACUCUGUUCUUCUUCUGUUGACCUGGACAUUCACAGAAAACUCUUCUACGUCCAGUGAUCACCUGGUACUUUUCUCUCACCUUCUCUUAAGGUUCUAAAU